UUAUACACACAGCAUUGAUACACAGACGAACGUUUUAAUUAAAUAAAUUAUUGAAUGUUCAAAGACAAAAUUUAUUAAACCAAAAAUUUCCAAAUAAUCAGUGUAAAUUGAGAUUUUCUAAUUGUCUAUUCGAUUUAUUGUCAAUGAAUAGAAAAGUCUUUUAAAAUUUAAAAUAAGCUGAACACAUUUAUAACCUCAAAACAGUCGAGUAAAAGUGAAUUUCUUUGAAAAUGGCCAAAUUUAAAUCGAAAAAACAUGGUAAAUCGGAUGCAUUUGCCACCAAAAAGAAAGUUGAGAAUGUGCAAAAGUCGAUCAAUCCAUUUGAAUUGCAUACAAAUCGUGAGAAAAUUUCUGUACUUGGUCGUAGAUUGAAACAUGACAAAGGUAUGCCGGGCAUAUCGCGUGCAAAGGCCACUCAAAAACGAAAAGAAACGCUGGGCCGUGAAUUUUUGCAGAAAAAUAAAACGAAUCGUUUCAAAGAUAAUCGUAUCGGUCGCCGUGGCAUGUCAGAAGAGGAUGCGGCCAAUGCCAGAUUCAUUGCCGAACGAUUGCAGCAAUUUAAAACAAAGAAAAAAGAAUCGAAAUUUAAUUUGAAUGAGAGCGAAGAUGUGCUCACACACAAAGGCCAAACGUUAGAGGAGAUUCAACAAUUUCACGAUACAAUAUCCGACGAUGACGACGACGAUGAAAUUGGAAAAUUGAAUGCUGAAUUCACCGAUGCCGCUCAUUUCGGUGGCAAAAGUCUUGAUGGCGAUGGAAAACGAAAAAAUGCCAUUGAAGAUUUAAUUGCCGAUCAAAAGCGACGCAAAGCCGAAAUAUCUUUGGAAAAAGAAGUCGUCUCGAAUUUAACGCAUAAAUUGGAUGAAAAUUGGAAAGGUUUGGUGUCAUUGAUGAGCUUACAAAAGGAUCAAAAUGAAGAUAGACCACAAGCAGACGAUUUUGAUAAAGCACUGAGAGAAAUGGUUUUCGACCGUCGUGGUACCGUUUCGGAUAAGCUGGGCUCAGAAGAGAAAAUUCUGAAAAAAGAAAAAGCACGACUGGAACGAUUGGAGAAAGAACGUUUGGAUCGAAUGCAGGGCAUCACUGAAGAAGAGAAAAAACCAAAACAUCGAUCAGCUGACGAUUUGGAUGAGGGAUACUUUUUGGAGCCCGCAUUUCAAGAACAGAAAACGCUAUCAUAUAAUGAUGAUGGCAAAGCAAAUCGUGAUGAUGACGACACUGACGAAGAACUGGAUCGAUUGAUUGCGUUGAGUAAAAAUGCACAAAAUGGAGUUAAUGAAUGUGGUGAGAAUGAAGAAGACGGUUCCGAGGAGGGUUCUGAUGAAGAAGGUGAAGAGGAGGAGGAAAGCGGUGAUGAAGCAGAUGCAUUUAGUGACUUGGUUUACGACAGUGAUUCCGAACCAGAGUUAAACUCAUCCAAAGAUUCAAAGAAGAAAAAAUCACCGAUCAAAAACCCACCUUCAUCUGAUAAGAAAAAGAGUGACAAAGCAAAAGUGUUAACGGAUGAAGAGCGAAAAGCAAUGAUGGAAAAAGCCCAAAAAGAACUACCGUAUACAUUCGAUUUGCCCAAUAAAUACAAUGAAUUGGAAAAAUUGCUGAAAAAACACAGUGCUGAUUAUCAAGCGGUAAUUUUAGAGCGAAUGAUUAAAUGUAAUCAUCCAAAAGUCGAACCGGCCAAUCGUGAGAGGAUGGUCACACUAUUCGCUUUUCUGCUCCAAUACAUAAAUGAUGUUGCCUCUGGCGAUGAUCCAAUUCAUUGUUUCACCGUUUUAGACAGAAUAUUACCAUUUAUCUAUGAUUUAAGCCACAUAAAUCCGGCCGAAACGACAAAAUGUUUCUUAGAAGUGAUAAAAGAAAAACAAAGCGAAUACCGUGGCACAAAAGAAUUUCCCAAAUUAGAUACGUUGGUUUUUCUGAAAAUUGUUUCCAAUUUAUAUUCAGUAUCUGAUUUUCGUCAUGGAAUUGCAUCGCCAUGUGUCAUUUUUAUUAGUCAAAUUCUAACAAGGUCCCGCGUUGCCAAUCGUUCGGACAUUUGCAAAGGACUAUUUUUGGUUACGGUUUUAUUAGAAUACACACAGUUAUCAAAGCGAUAUCUUCCGGCCGCAAUAAAUUUCUUGGCUGGUGUUUUAUAUUUGUGCAUGAAAAAACGAAGUGUACAACAGCUAGUUGUAGUGCCGCCGUUUAAAUCGGUCGGUGAAUUGAAUUCACUCUUGGUACUGAAGAAAGAAACCGCAUUUGCAGGGGAGACACGUCUUAUGUCAACGGAUUUAAUCGAAGAUAAAAUAGACAAUUUAUUCAAAGUUCGAGCAUUUAAUACAACAGUUUUAUUAGCAAAGCACACCCUUUCACAAUUAAAUAACUGUGGCAUGCAACAAUUAGCGAAACCAUUUUCAAAAUACUUGGAUAAAAUCGAAUUGAAAAAUUAUCCAAAAGAGUGCAAGGAAAAUGUGUCAGCACUGUUGAAAGUUAUAGAUAACAUAAAUAAUGAACCAUUAACCUUCUUAGUACCUGAAUUGAGACGACCAAAAACGCUCAGACAACUUGAACCGAAAUAUGAGCGCAUAUAUGAUGACCGAAGGGAUCGCAGCAAAAACGCUGGUAAUGCCGCCGUCCGCAAAGGUUUACAAAGAAAAAUCAAGAAGGAAACUAAGGGAGCCGUUCGAGAAAUUCGUCGUGAUAAUGCAUUCUUGUCCAAAGUUCAACUUAAGAGAAGACUGCAAAGUGAUUCCGAACGUAAAGAGAAAGUCAAACGUAUCUUUGCCGAAGCUUCGAUUCAACAAUCAGAACUCAAUGCCAUCGAUAGAAAGAAAAAGCAUAUGUAAAUUUGUAAAUUACAUUUUUAAACAGAGAACUUUACAACAUUUAAUAAACGGAACAAAACUAUUUCAAAAA